ACUCAGCGCCCUGACCAUUGCGUGGGGAGCGACUGAAGUGGCCGGUUGUGUUGUACUGUAAUGGCGGAUAACUCAUCUUCUAACGGUGAAAUUAAAUUUAGUACCAUAAGUAGUGGAGGAAUAAACAGUUCAAGUGUAGGUGAGUCAAAUAUAAAUACAACUCAACAGGACUACACUACUAUGAAGAGUGCUACUGGUGAAAUGGAAAUGGAAGCGACCUCUAUUGGAGAUAAAGCCGGUGACUAUGUACGUGAGUUGCUGCAUGAGAAGCAAAGCUUGGAUUCGUCGCAGUGGCCAAAUGCGCUGCGGCUUCUGGAUCAAGAGGUGACCCGAGAAGUGGCCAGGGUGCAAGCUAGUGGGAAGCCCCUGCCCAAGGAGAGUAAAUAUGUGGACAUCUACCGGGAGAAGCCGAUCCGGGUUGCAGUGAAAGUGCUGGUGCCUAUUAAGGAGCACCCAAAGUUCAACUUCGUUGGAAAACUGUUGGGACCAAAAGGCAAUUCCAUGAAGCGGCUCCAGGAGGACACUAUGACCAAAAUGGCAGUGCUUGGCCGUGGUUCUAUGAAGGACAAACAGAAGGAAGAAGAGCUUCGUGCAUCUCUGGACCCAAAAUAUGCUCACCUGAGUGAUGACUUACAUGUAGAAAUAGCUGCAUUUGCUCCACCAGCUGAGGCACAUGCUAGAAUUGCAUAUGCUCUCGCUGAAGUACGCAAGUACCUGAUUCCUGAUUCAAAUGAUGAAAUCCGUCAAGAACAGAUGCGUGAGAUGGAGCUAAUACAAACAGUUACUGGGGAGCCUGGGGCAGCCGGAUCCAACAACGGAACUCCACCUUCGGGUGUUCGAAAACCUGUCCGUGGAGGACUUCGAGGACGUGGUGGUGGGAUUGCCAUUCGUGGAGCAGCAGGGGGAUUGAGGGGUGGGCUGCCACCUCUCCGCGGAGGAGGCAGAGGUCUCCUCACACCACCACAAGGUGUUCUGCCUCCUAGAGGGGGCCAUGCUGGCAUCAGGAAACCCCUUCACCCUCCACAAGCUCUGCUGCCCAGACCAACACCCACAAAGACAAAGGUCCUGAGCAUCCUGGACAGGGCUAGAGUUGCCAUGGAGGAAUCCUAUGGUUGUGAGGAUGACAUGGGUGGUGGAGGUGCUGGUGGCUUCUAUGAGUCCUCGGCCUAUGACUCCUACAAUGCCACAGGGUAUGGCAGUUAUGAGGACUAUGAAGAGGGAACUGGGGACUACUAUGAUUCCACAGAAGGCUACCCAGACGAGACCGGCAACCGAUGGAAAGGAUUCAAAGCACCGGCAGCUUCAGGGGCCGCUACGGAUCGCUCGCGAUUCCGCCCGGCACCCUACACCCGCCCGACCAAGUAAUGGGCCAGCCGCGGCACCACCUGCACCAAUAGCAGCAGCAGUGGCGGCAUCUGCUGCUGUUUUACCCUAAGUGACAACAGCGGAAGGGAGGGGGCGGCCCCGCACCACCCCCACCCUGCUCCGCUCUGCUCUUGUGUGUUUGAGAAAUUCUGCGAUGAUGCAAGAUGUGAGUGAAGCUGCCCAAAUUUCAGAUAAAUUCAACCAAGAAAAAUGGAAUUAUGUGAUGACAAUUAUGGAGUGGAAGUGUGUCAGUGGCAGUGAUUGCACAGCAUGGAGACUCACUCUUCAUGCUUAGUAUCCAUUCUUGUGAAUAUGUAUUCGGUUACAUGUUUUCAGUUCCCCUUUAAUCCGUCCUUUCACAUUUUAAUAUUUGGUAAAUCCUAUACCCCCCAAAUGGUGUCAACUUUAAUUAUUCCGAGAGUUGUUUAAUACUUUUGUAACUAUGACUUAUAAUUUGUUUGUAACAAGCCACAUAAUUUCAUCUUUGUCCCUAUGUAAUAAUCACAGGACCAAAUGAAUGUAAUGAAAAAGACAAUCACAACAGGUGACUGAUUAAGGAACAAAGACAAGGUCUGAAUAUAGGAACUCCAAAUUAGUUAUGAUAACAGAAAAAUCUUGGUUGGUGACAUUCCAAGCAGCACAAAGUAACCAGGAACCUUACACACAUGCAUUGCGGAAGUCAGUCAGUUUUCUUGUUUAGUUCGUUGGUGCCACUAUAGUUGUGCCAAUAAAGUGUUUUUGAGUUCUGUAAUGUG